CCAAAACGCUGUUAUUAAUGCUUGUUGCUUAUUUUGAUACAUACCCGGAUGGACCUUUAAACUCUGGACGUUUGAACGUAGAUUUCCGUUCAGAAAAUGAGACAAGCGGAUGAUAUGGACGUAUCCAAAGAAUGAAAUUAAUAGAUCGGUAUGAUUAUCAGUUUUUGUGCAGUUUAGAGAUGAGGAUAAUAUUACUUCAAUUACGAUAUUUGCUUACGUAACCGCAAAAGGUGUUCGGAACAAAUUAUAUGAUUUACAAUUGGAAAUAAAUUUGAAAAAAUUAAAUCUGAUAGAAAAUAAAAAAUGUUAGAAGUUAUAAAAUGAUACUUUUAUUUUUUUAAAAAUGCUUGAACAUAAUUAUACGAGCGAAUUCAGCAUAAUUUUUUUAUAUGGCAUCCAAACAGAGUACGCUAUGGAAUUUGAGGAAUUUUAUUUUUGUGUUUCUAACUCCCCUUGUUUAAUGUAGAACUGGAACAGAAAUGUGGCUAAGCGAAGAUAUCUAGAUAAUUCGAAAGAUUAAAUAGAUUUAAAAGAUUAAGAUUUUAAAGAUUUAAAAGAUUUCUUUAUUUCGAAAUGGAAAUAGCCAAGGCAAAGCGAGUGACGCUUCGAUCUCUGACAACAAGAUUGAUUUCUAAAAUUGAAACAAAAAUUUUGAAGAAUGAAACAGAAGAAGAGGAGUUAGAAAGAUUAUUGGUACAAAUAAAUUUAAAAGAGAAGCAAUUAAAAGAAAUAAACUCUGCAAUUCAAAAUCAGAUCACAGAUAUUAGAGAAAUAAAAUCUGAAAUUGUAAUAUGUGAUGAAUAUCACGAAAAACUAAUCAUUUGCAUCAGUAAUUUAAAAACAGCUAUUGCUAAACGCAAAGCAAAUAAGCUAAGAUUAUUGCAGGUAUCUGCAGUUAAAGAAAAACAGCCUGGAACAUUACCCUUUUUUAAAAUACCAAAAUUUGAUGGAGAUCGUGCUGACUGGCAGAAAUUCUGGGACCAGUUUGAAUCUACCAUCCACACAAAUGAAAAUAUAUCUAACGAAGACAAAUUCAAAUAUUUACACUCAUAUCUAACUGGAUCUGCUGCGAAUGCAAUUAAAGAAUUUCCUCUCACAGACAGCAAUUACAAAGCAGCUAUAGAAACCUUAAAAGACAGAUUUGGGAAGAAAACAUUAGUUGAUAAAUCUAAUUCAAGUAAGCUGCUGAAUCCAGCAUCUACUAUAAAAUUAUCCAACGUCUCUCUCCUCAAAAUUUUAUUAGACUACUGUCAAACGGAAAUUCACAGUUUAGAUAGUAAAUGCAGAGAUUCAGGUAGUUUUAAAUCUGUAUUAUAUCCCAUGAUAAUCAAAUUAAUACCUCAAGAUAUUAUCCUAGAAAUUACUAGAAAAUGCGGAUCAGACGAAGAUUGGAAAUUUUCGAAGAUAAUUGAUAUUCUCAUAACAGAAGUAGAAAAGAGACAGAAAACCAUACUUUUUAUGAAAAAUAAUACACCAAGUGAAAGCGAAACGGACGGUCAACCCUCAUUAGAGAAAAAUUAUGAUAUGAGUGAUAGGCUGGGAAAUCGAAAUGUUUUCUUUAAGGAAACUAGUACCUCUUAUACACCAGUUUCAAACGUGGCAGAAAAAUCUUGUAUUUUUUGUCAAAAUACGGAACAUGUCUUUGAAAACUGCGAUAAAAAUAUCGAUGAAAGGAAAGAUAUCCUGAGACGUAACGGAAGAUGCUUCCUUUGUUUGAAAACAGGACAUUUAGCAAAAUCAUGUAGGAAGAGAGUUAACUGUUUAGCAUGCCAGAACUUCAAACAUCGGCAUCAUAUUGCUAUUUGCGAAGCCUAUUUCAACAAUAAAUCUGUCUCAAGACGAUGUUUUCAUUCCAAAGAAUUAGAUGCCAAUUCGCCCAAAUAACAUUUAGCCCAAUUUUCCUCGCCCCUUGACUUUUGCUGAGGAACGUCCGGUCCCCCUGUUCUCCCUCUGUCUCUCAUCUCGGUCUAACGUGCGAGAAGGGGAGAUGAAACGGGAGCAUUCAGUUUCUUUUACUUUCCUUUCACUCCUUAUCCCAUCACAAUAUCUAUUAAUUUAGAAUAGGCACUUCAAAGACAUUUACCCCACCAGCUUAUCUCGUAUCCACAGUAACGACAGCUGGGACAGCUGGUGAACUGCCUUAAUUGUUUAUCUCCCAGUUCAUUUCCGUUUAGCGCGUUUCACUUCGUGAAAAGCGCAAUAAUGAAGGCUGAUUUGAAAUACAAUCUCAAAUGAAAUGAAAACUUUAAUGCUGUGCAUUGAUAACGAUGUGUUAUGAUCGCAUGUGAGGGAGAGUUGGAAAGGUCUCAAAGUACUUAUUUUGAAGGUAUAGUGCCUAACUCUUACGUUUUCGCUUGGUUUUUAUCAGUUUUCCUGCUACUGUGUUAUAUUUUUUUGGAAGCCUUAAAACUAACAGCGUUCGCAAUAUUCCCAAUAAAAGCUGGAAUUAUUAUAUAUACAUUUUAUAUAAUAUGUAAUAGUUCAUUUGAUAAGAAGAAAAUAAUUAAAAUCUAAGUAACAAAGUUAAUUAAGCUUUUUAAGUUUUUCCCUUCUUUAAAACGCGAUUCUUUAAUUUAGGAGAAAAACAUUAUUAGUACAAUAUUUCCUAUAGUAAAAUGUUAUUUAAAUAAUAAUAAUUUGUGGCCUUAUUUUAAAUUAAUAACUUCUACAGCAUCAUAUUACGCGCAAUAUUAUACAGUGGUAAUCUGCGGAGCAGUACUUCUGCAGUCUAUUACAUGAUAAUAAACUGUAGAACCAAAAAGUAGUCUGCAGAAUGGGAGUCAUCAAAGAGACAUCCUUUCGACAGGUGGGCAAGUUUGAAGUGAUCUGAGCAAAGAUGUAUGAAAGUGAGAUCAGAUAAUAAUUGGCUGAUAGGUGAAGUAAUUUUCGGGAAAAUAUGAUUUGGACCAACCGAGAUAGUCACGAUUUAGAAAAGCUUGUUUAACUCUUUCACAUCGAGGUAGCUCGAAACGUCCGUGCAUUCAGACAUCGGUAGGUCGCCCCAAAGCCUGCGUCCAUAUUCUACUUGGUGCUCUUCCUGAUCACGCCAGCGCAUAGCUUAAUGGUUUAAGGAGUUCUUAAAUGAUAAGCCAAUCAUUCUUUUGAAAAUAUUGAAGUAGUUUUCUUAUUUGAAUGCAUCUUUUCCUUCUCAUUUCUUUAGUGUCAACAUUUAGCUAUUCAUGUUGGCAGCUGCAGUUUUGUCGUGUAAACUGUACGCAAUGGGUGAAACUGCACAAGGAUCUCCAAGAGAGAAGUAAUCGUUUCACUUAAGUAGGUUACUGUUAACUCUGUAGCAUCCUACUUGGCAAGGGGUAGGAAAUCCAUUCCAACAGAAAUUUGUAUACCUGGGCAUUUCAGAUGUUUGAGAGAAACAGAUUUUGGCCUCUAUCGAUGCGAAAGAGUUAAUUCUAUUGCUGAAAGCAUCCGUUUUUUCGAGCAUUGUAUUAAAAACGGAGCUUGUUUCAUUUAAAAGAAAAAAAAAGAAUAAACAAAUUAAGUUAUUUACUAAGCAACUAAAGCCAGCAUAUAUUAGUUCUUAAUAGCGUUUAAUUUUCUCAUAGCUAGUGCAGAAGGUAUUACAGUGCAUUAAUCAAUGACAUUAACAAAGGGAGAAAGAAAGUUACGGUAGUUUAAUAGAAUUCCAACGAUCUGGAAAUAAAAAUUGAAUUUGAAACUUUAGUAGUCAAAGUCAUUGCUGGAGCAUUUGUAUGACAUCCUUAUAAAGGAAUAACAGAAAUGUGUUAGCAUUUCUACAAACAAAACUAGCGAUCAAUUUAUCUGCGUUUUCGAUAACCGGAAAUCAUUUAAAGCAUUAUUAAUGUAACCAGAUAUCUGUUUAAAGAAAGAGUAACCAGAUACCUAUUUAAAGAUUUUUAAAGGGGAAAAUUCACAUAUUAUCCAAGUUUACUUUUGUUGCUAUUGAAACUUGAAGUAAAUGGAAUACAGACCCCUUCUGCAGUUAUAGCAUUAAUUGUGAAGUCUCUAAGGAAGGUGUAAGUCAGAUUAAGGAAAAAUUAAGUCGGGGAAGUAUUUGGCCUUACGAGAAAUAUUUUUGGAACUAAAAGAACUGGAAGUUGAACAAGAAAAGAUAUUGAUAAAUUAGAAAAUGAUACCUUUUAAUUUUAAUCAAACAGCCAAAUUUAAAGAAGGGAGAUUUGAGGUCAAAUUGACCUUGAAAAGGACAUUCAUCCGAUUUGAAAUCGAACUAUGUAAAUAACAAAAUGCACGUUACCGAAUUCGUUAAAACACGGGAAAUGAUCCACUGUUUCAUUAGCAGUAUCGGACAUCAUAGUACCUGAAAAUGCGUAUAGCUGAAAACAAUUUAUCGAAAUGAGCUCGAAAACGCAGCUCAGAAAACGCAAUUCUCUUUGAAUGAAUGUCUUUCUCCUAUCCUACUUUAAAUCCUCGUUUAUUGAUAUAACCUUGAGAACAUUCAUUGCCAAUAUCGGACUAACCUUUCUUCAGAUUUCUUUAUCACCCAAAGACAUGGAAGGUGUGAGACUUUUAAAGGUAAAUAACAGAAUCGUACUCGAAACUGCUCACCAUUCGUAAUUUAUUUGGUACUAUAGCCACCUCGUGUCUGUACUAUCGUCAGCUCGUUUCUGUACUAUAGUGAGCUCGUUUCUGUUUGCUCAAAAUAUCAAACAUCUUAUUAAUAAAAUGAUGAAAUAAAGCAGAUAAUUCAGAAUCUUCCACAGCAGAAGAGAUUACGAUAUAAAUGGAAUUAUAAGGCAACAUGUUUUGAUAUCGAGUCACAAAUUUUGAUUAAUCAAGCUGCAAGCAAAGUAAAGAAAAUCUCACUGACAGAUAAGACAAACUAAAAUGAGUAUGGAGCUCUAAAGUAUUUGAGAUAUAUCACAAAGGAUGGUGAAAUAUGAACUAUUAGAAGCUCUUAAAACUAGAGGAUAAAUUUACGAUCCCUCAGGAUUUUAGAAUCCAUUCAUUGUUAGAGCAAAAAUACUAAUGCAAAACAUUUGGCAAUAUAAUAUAGACUCAGACAGCUUACUGCCAUUGGACUUCAAAUGAGACAACUUUUUAAUGAACUCUCAGCUAUUAAAGAUAUAAAAAUAUCGCCACAUUAUUUCUGAAGGAACAGUAAGGCUGAUUUGCAGGUUGUUCAAAUGUAUUAUUUCACCAAUGCAAGCAAAGCUGAACACGGAACUAUGAUAUAUCUCAACUAUAUCACAAAGAACGGGGAAAUAGGAAGAAGUUUCAUAACUUAUAAAACCAGAUUGACAGCACUUAAGGAAUUAUCCUUUCCAAGAGGAUAAAUUUACGAUCCCUCAGGAUUUUAGAAUCCAUUCAUUGUUAGAGCAAAAAUACUAAUGCAAAACAUUUGGCAAUAUAAUAUAGAUCGGACAGCUUACUGCCAUUGGACUUCAAAUGAGACAACUUUUUAAUGAACUCUCAGCUAUUAAAGAUAUAAAAAUAUCGCCACAUUAUUUCUGAAGGAACAGUAAGGCUGAUUUGCAGGUUGUUCAAAUGUAUUAUUUCACCAAUGCAAGCAAAGCUGAACACGGAACUAUGAUAUAUCUCAACUAUAUCACAAAGAACGGGGAAAUAGGAAGAAGUUUCAUAACUUAUAAAACCAGAUUGACAGCACUUAAGGAAUUAUCCUUUCCAAGAGGAUAAAUUUACGAUCCCUCAGGAUUUUAGAAUCCAUUCAUUGUUAGAGCAAAAAUACUAAUGCAAAACAUUUGGCAAUAUAAUAUAGAUCGGACAGCUUACUGCCAUUGGACUUCAAAUGAGACAACUUUUUAAUGAACUAUCAGCUAUUAAAGAUAUAAAAAUAUCGCCACAUUAUUUCUGAAGGAACAGUAAGGCUGAUUUGCAGGUUGUUCAAAUGUAUUAUUUCACCAAUGGAAGCAAAGCUGAACACGGAACUAUGAUAUAUCUCAACUAUAUCACAAAGAACGGGGAAAUAGGAAGAAGUUUCAUAACUUAUAAAACCAGAUUGACAGCACUUAAGGAAUUAUCCUUCCAAGACAACAACUUAUACGAACACUCAUUGCAUCAAGAUUAGUUUCAAAUAUAAGACAACAACAGGAAGCAGGAACAAGAGGAAUAUACACUUUCGGGCAGAUCUCUUCUGUGACGAUACAUUGGAUGAAAUAUGAUUUAAAAGACGAAAAUGAUUCAUUCAGUAUCGAGCGAAGAAAUACAAGAGAAUUCACCCGACUUUGAAUUCCUCUCCUCGAGAAGAAAUUCCAGCUGACAUGGAUGAUAAUAAAACAUGCAAAGAAAGAUGGUUUCCUAGUGGAUAGACCUAAAUGAUAAUUUAAGGAAGAAAGAAAAUGACGAAAUUUAGAAAUAAAGAUCACGAUAAAAAUUUAAUAAAGAGAAAAUAAAUUAAAGAAGAGGUUGUAGCAAAUUGGCCCUGUAGAACAGAAAAUCGUUUUUGACUUUAGAAAGUUCCAUAAAAAUAGAAGAACCAUUGCAAAGGAACCUUCAGAACAGUAGAGGAGAAUGUUAUCUAUACUGUUGGUGUUUUCUGUGGAAUAUUAGCAGAAAUGGACACGAUGGUGAUGUACGAAACCACCGUGUCCACUUUCCAGAAAUUUCACCGAAGAUAGUAGGCAUGACAGGAGAUUAGAUUGUAAAGUAUUUGUAGCUACAGUUAUAAACAACGUCUUUUCAAAAUUAUUCACUUAUUGUCACUACUUUUAUCCAAUCCUUGUAGAUCAAGAAAGAUCCUCAGAGUUGGUAGAAGAUAAUAAAAUGCAGAGCUGAGGACUCCAAAGGCGCGUUUUAUGACCUUACUGGAUUUAUGUUUUAGAAAUUGAAGAAUCCAAGAAUAGGGAGCAAAAGAACAGCAGAGACUCAUACGCAAGUUGACUGUGGAUUAUCAGGGAAAUACAGAGAGUAAAGGGUGUCAUCAAUAGCUGUGGUAUAUGCUGAUAGACGACGACAAAACCAUACUACCAUGAUAUGAUCUCUUUCUCAGUGGGCUGAAUUAGGGAAACUAUAGCUUUUGCAAUUCGUGUGUAUUUUUUUAAAUCUUUGUGUACUAGAAACAAAGAGAAGAUGCAUACUGCAUUGUUAUUAAAUGCACUGACAUGCCCUUUCCACUUUGGAUUGUCUUUGAUCUGAUGACUUCUGUAUUCCUCCUUGCAUAUAUAAGAUUAAUUGAUAAGCAUGGAAUUUAUAAAUACAAUAUAUUAGGGCAACGCAAAAUUAUUUCAGAAAGCUGACAAGGAGUUCCAGAUCUUUGUCAGCUAACCAAAGAUGACUUCAUAUUACUUUGAAAGAAAUAACGUAGAACAGAAAUUCAUUAGGAAAAAAUCGCCAAAAGGAAGUUUUCAAAAGACGUGUGAGAAUCAUUGUCUGAAGGAGAUCCUUAGAAGAGCUGGAUUGGAAUCAACAAUCUUUAUGGAAAAGAAGCGAUACUUAAGUCCAAGCCAUUGAUGUAUCUAUUUAGCCAAGUAAGUGAAGCAGAACAGUUAUGAUAUGGACGUUCUGCCAUUGAAGAAAGUUAUAUCUUCGCCACCAGAUAAAAUUGGAAUUAGAAAGAAUCUUCAAAAAGCGAACAUAUAUAGGAUGAAUAGAUUGACUCUACACUCAAUACAUUUUCUAUAUGUUCGCUAUUCUGUGGAAAGCAUGGAAUAACUGCUAUCUGAUGGAUCAUAGAUCGCAUCAUAAUUUCAAUCCAGUGCAAGAGGCGAAGAAGAAUCCAUUAGUGGUGUUGAUAUGCGAUGAUGGCUCGACCAAAGCAUUUGUGUAAAUUUGGUGUCAUCACCCAAGUGCUUCGACGAAAGGAUGGAAAGCUGCAUGUAUUACCAUAUUAAUUGAAUUGUAUACGUUUUUUUUUUUAAAAUAAGAUUAGGGGAAAAUAAAAAAAAAAUAUGUAUGAAUAUUUUUCUGUAGUCUGUUAACAUUUCAGAAAUGAAUUGCUUUGAAAGUUUUAUAGUAGUAUCAGCAAAGAAACUAGAUGGCAUUAUCCAAUCUAUCACAGAGCUGAUGGACACGAUUUCAUAUUCACCCGACCAUUUAAGCCACACUAUAAGGUAUUUACACUCUCCUUUCUGCAUGUCUUUCUGGUGUAACUGUAGCAGCGCGUAUUGGAGAUGUUUAGUUUCGAGACCCGGCCACGGCAUUGCUCAUUUUCCAUGUUUCCUACUUCAAAAAUAACUUAAUGACUCUACAACACUAUAAGAUAGGAAGGAAAAGGAAAUAAAAAGGACUUAUGCGGCAAAUUAGUUAAUAACGUAUUUGAAAGUACUAAUGCAGCUAAAGGCUAUCAAAUGUGAUUUUAAUGCAUAAAACAUAGCAUAAAUGUUUUCACUGUAUUUACUCUUCGUUCUUGAAUAUGAAACAUAUGAACUGGAAUUUUGUUGCUUUAUUUUGACAGCAAAAGCUCGUCUUGCGUAUAGAAAUGACGCAUUUUGCAGUAGUCAACUAAAAUUUAUAUUAAAUUUAAUAAAUUUCUUGAUUUAAAAUGAUGCCAGUAUUUCUACUGGAACAUUUUUUUAAUUUUAGUGAAAAAAUGUCAAAAGAAACCGUGAUUGAAUUAAAAGAAGAAAUAUUUUUGGUUAAUAAAUGAAUUUAUACGAGUUUUUUGCAAGUGUAAAUCAAUGAGAAACAAUAUUAAUGUUACCAUUUCUUAUAUGUACAGUUUAGAGUUAAUGAAAUGUGCUUAUCACACCUUUAGAGUCUGAAAAAUGUAUGAUGAUGUAAUAGAAGUUUUUAUUUGGAAGAUUCGGAAAUAAAAGGAUCUUAAGGAAUCAAGCAGCACGGUUAAAUUAAUUAUCCCUAUGAUCCCGUUAUUACUGGUACUUUUGUGUUUCAAAAAGAUUUACAUUAAGUUUGAAAAAUAACACAAAUUUAGAAACAAAAGAAUUUUCUCAAAUUUUCUUUUUUCUUUUCUUCUUUCACGUUUUCAGAAGACGAGAAAAACGUUUUCUUAAUUUAAACUCUUUUCUGAAACGAGUAAUAAUUCUGGAAACGAAAUGUUUGGAAGCUUGAGAAAUUUAAAAUUAAAUCGAAUAAUUUAUAAUUUUCUACUGAAAGUCUUGCUCAGCAGUUAACUGUAACCUAUAAUAAUAGAAUAUAAUGCAUAACCCGUGCACUGUUGCUCACGGAACAAGAUUAAAUGGUGCAAAUAUAUUGUAAUAUAAACCUACACUUGAACAUAUUUGAAUGCUGCAGAUGUACUGUAAUGUAAUCAAUAAAUAU